AUGGAGUGGGAUUUCCUCGAAAUCUCAGGCGAAGACGAUUCUCUCCUGCAACAGAUCCCAACACUUCACGAUACCGUCACCACCAGCGGCAAUUACUUAUCGUGCUCGCCACUGCAACUACCAAUUUCCAACCGCUCCAAAGACCCUCCCCGUGUGUCACCGAUGAGUAAGACACCUUGGCAUAAUCACAAGGAAAACUUGAAGGAAGGUUUGUUGACUGACAUACUCCAUCCAAUUGCAGGAGAUUUGAAGGUUAGUGUGGAUUCAGCAAAAUCUCGUUGUUCAUCUCCUAAUGGAGGCAGCAAUAAAGAAAAUGUAAAUAUGAUCAAAUCAGAAGUGCAAAAGCUGAGUUUGGAACCAUUGCAAAUGAAGAGGAAGAGAAAGGGUGGAAACUACAAUUUGCGGAAGAGCUUAGCGUGGGACAGAGCAUUUUUCACCGAAGAAGGUGUUUUGAAUCCCAUAGAACUGUCGAUGCUUAGUGGGACUUUUGGUAGCUCUUCUGAAGAGGCCUUAUCUGUAGUUAAUGAAGAAGAUAGAGAAUAUUCUUCUUAUUGUGAUUCCAACUACAUAGCUGAUUCUACAAACGUGCAAACACUAGAAGAACAUUUAUUCAAAGAAAUCCCUGCUGCUGUGUCACAUAUAGAGAGAGAAAAAGGGGGUUGUCUACCACCAAAGUGUGAUUUAUCAGUUCGCUAUAAUACAGCCCUAACUCAUGUGGCCAAAGGAAGAGUGCUUACAAACUCUAGUGGUGUUAGCACUGGAUCUAAAGGUGGUGGUUGUCCACGACCUUUGGCUUCAUCUUCAUAUCCUUUUUAUUUGUGUUAUACCAUAGGAGGAGAUUUGAAGGUUAGUGUGGAUUCAGCAAAAUCUCGUUGUUCAUCUCCUAAUGGAGGCAGCAAUAAAGAAAAUGUAAAUAUGAUCAAAUCAGAAGUGCAAAAGCUGAGUUUGGAACCAUUGCAAAUGAAGAGGAAGAGAAAGGGUGGAAACUACAAUUUGCGGAAGAGCUUAGCGUGGGACAGAGCAUUUUUCACCGAAGAAGGUGUUUUGAAUCCCAUAGAACUGUCGAUGCUUAGUGGGACUUUUGGUAGCUCUUCUGAAGAGGCCUUAUCUGUAGUUAAUGAAGAAGAUAGAGAAUAUUCUUCUUAUUGUGAUUCCAACUACAUAGCUGAUUCUACAAACGUGCAAACACUAGAAGAACAUUUAUUCAAAGAAAUCCCUGCUGCUGUGUCACAUAUAGAGAGAGAAAAAGGGGGUUGUCUACCACCAAAGUGUGAUUUAUCAGUUCGCUAUAAUACAGCCCUAACUCAUGUGGCCAAAGGAAGAGUGCUUACAAACUCUAGUGGUGUUAGCACUGGAUCUAAAGGUGGUGGUUGUCCACGACCUUUGGCUUCAUCUUCAUAUCCUUUUUAUUUGUGUUAUACCAUAGGAGCUCUAAACCCCACGAAAGCAUCAACAAAGGAAUCAAAAAUUCCUAAAAUACCAGUUUUGAAGACAGCCUCUUGUUCACUUCCUUCAACUACAAAGAGUAAUAUAUCGAAUGUAAUCCACUUCAAGCAUCAUCUGAUUGCUCAACCAGGUAGAGCAAUGUAUGAGUUAAUUAUUGCGUUUAGAAGGUCUGGAUCUUAUAGUUCCAUGUUUUCCUGCUGGACUGAUGAGGCCAACCCAUUAGCGGAAAAACAGUCAUCCACAAAUCCACAACGACAAGCCAAUAAAGGUGGUUUAGAGAAUACUCGAAGAAUCAGUGGGAAUAUGCAGUCUGGACAGACCGGAACGAUAAAACCAUCUGGCUUGCGAAUGCCAUCACCUUCAUUAGGAUUUUUCAGCCAGCCAAAAGCUUCAGUUUCACAUAGCUUAUCACAGAGAAAUAUUCCAGCACGCAAUAAUUCCAAGUAUACUGCUCUUGGAUUACUUCAGAAUAAGGUUCCUAUAGUUUGCCCACGAAAUCAAGACUCUAGCAAGAAUGAUUCGGGAAACUCUCAUCAUAUGUCGCUGGAUAACUGUGAAAUGCAUACUAUAAGUGUUUCUGGAAGAGAAGGUACAGUUGAGCACCAACGUGAAGAUGACAAGUUUUACAUUUCUCUGAGUUUUAGUCAUGGCAGUGCGCGGCAUUUUGUUCAACAGUCUAAGGAAGAAGCGGAAUUUAUAAAAUCUUGUAAUGUUAAAGGUGAUGGAGUAUCUCAGUGGGAGAAUCAUUGUUUGAAGGCAAAGGACAGCUUGAGCAUACCACCUGUAGAGUCUGAGAAAAAUGGAAGUACAAACGUUACUGAUGCCGAUUCCAAAGCCCCAGAAUGUAGUGGGAAUGAUUUGAAAAAUUCUUUUGUUUCAUCUCAGCAUGAAUACACAGAGCAAGAAAAUGAAACUGCUGCUGGAGUAGAUAUCUUGAGUGAUGAAUUACAUGUGGGAGAUGCACAACUGCAGGCCUCUAAUGAAAAUUUAUCUGUUGAAAUCUGUAACAGUAACUGGUACACUUUAACAGAAAAUACUCCACAUUUAGAGGCUGGUGAUUUAAGUGAACAAUUGGGAGAACAGGUACAACUUCAAAGUCCUUGCCUUGCAGUUCAAAACAAUAAACAGUACGACCAUGCGCUUUCAGACAAAUCUAUCUCGUUUGCAGAAAUUACAUGUUCUGAAGAACUCCAGGGGGAAAAAAUCAUUGAAAGCGCCCUAUUUGUUGUUCCAGAAAAAAAUGUUGAUUGUAAAUGUGUUGUUCCAGAAAGCAGUUCAACAGGCAGAAUGCAAGAUGAUGGCGUGGAUAAAGAUCAUUUGGCUGAGCAACCACCUAUUGAGGAGGCAAUUUUGGACUCGGGGGAUACCACAGGUACCCAUUUUUGGCAUGAUGUAAAGCUCAAAGGUGUUGUGACCCCAUCGGGGUUUGAUGUGUCUUUGAGCAAGGGAUCGGGGUUGUUGGUUCAAGAUACUCAAACAUUUUCUUAUGGAAGUACUGUACGGAAUAUAGGAGUGGAUGGAAUGGUGAGUGAUGUCAUGGUAAAGGAAGCCGAAGCUAAAAUUUCUCUGGAUGAUUCUUAUCUAAAAAUUCAGAGAAUGGAGGAAAAUUGUGGCAUUUUAUUUGAGGAAAGCAGAGGUUUUGAAGAGUCACAGAAGUACUAUCUGGAAAGUCCAAUUGGUCCAGGUCAUAAAGAUGUAGAAUUUGGAAGUUCUCCGAGUCCAUCUCAAUUUAAAGUUUCAGAGGAUGUAAAAGAAGGUUCAGGUCACUUAGAUAGCAUGAUCAAUAGCACACACAUGGGAGACACAGAAGUGCAGUCAUUAGAUGGCACUCUAUCAACUUCAGCAGUUUAUGAUCAAUGUCUGGAGAUUGUUCAUUGUAACAAACAACUUGAAGAACUUGAGUCGCCUGAUGCCAGCCUGGUAGCUAAACAUGAUUCUCUGGGUAACCAUGGACGGCCUCUGACGGAUUCCUUUUUGCCUCUAGAAGGCACCAAUUAUGAAGUAUCCCUGGAGGAAAAUGUCUGGCAAAGUGUUGCAGUUGUUGGGAAACAAAGUGAUAAUAAUGGAGUUGAAUCAAAAAGCUCUAAUGAUGUUACUCAAGUUCUAGGCAUGCAAGGUGGAGGUGUUGGUGUGAAUAAAAUGGAUGAUCACCCACAGCAGGAGGAUGCAUUAUCAAUUUCUGCAGGAACUAAGACUCCACCUGACAUGGACCGCUGUGGUCAAGUCAUCUCUUCGGAAUUUGAUUCAGCUUUGAAGACAAGCAAAUACCAGAUUAUAGGUGUGACCAAUCCCUCCACAGAAUGCUCUUCGGCUGAAAAAUUAGUUUUAUUAAAUGAAGGAGAUUGGACCUUGUCAGGAAGUAGUCAAGUGAGUAUAGAAGUUGAUGGAUCGGAGAGGAAUAUCUUGAUAGGUAAAACUGAAACUAAAAUUUCUGGACAGUGUAAUAGUCCCAUUGGUGAAUUGCACCAUGAGUUAGACAAUGCCAACUGUCUCACAAAGGAUAAGGAGGCAACCAUGUCAAUCAAGAAAUCUGAGAACGGUGAAAGGGGAGAUAACCUUAUAAUAAGACCUCCACCAGAUGCAGUUCCAUUCUCUGAUGAAUGGUUGGCGGCUAUUGAAGCUGCUGGAGAGGAUAUACUAACGAUGAAAGGUGGUGCUGUACAGAAUUCGCCCCCUGACAAAUGUCUACCUGAACCAGGUCCAUGGUCUCCGGUGAAGCGGAAAAACAACGAGAUUGGCCCGUAUGACUGUACAAAGUUCACCAACAUUCUGCCAUUGGAUCCCCAUUAACCAAACGGGGUUUGACUCAAAUUCAUUAUUUUUCACUGACCAGAUGUAGAAUGACACUAUAAGUUGAUUUCUUUCAUUCUUUUUACGAUGAACCAAGUGUACCUUGUGCAGCCUCUAAUUCAAGGUUGGCCAUCUUUUUUAAGGGUAAUCUCAGGAAAAACUACCACACAGCAAAAGCUUGUAGUUUUCUAUAGGUUUCAAACCUGCAUGUACUUUGGAGCCACAGGUGACUUGCAGAUCUUUCACUUGCUUUACCUGUAUAAUUGACUGUUUUAGUCUUUUAAGUAUUUUUUUUUUCCGUAA